UGCAAUUGAAUAUAGGUUCUCAUUCAAUCUUUUGCGUUUGUCAAGUUACAACACACGUUUGAGUUUAAUUUCUUUCUAAAUUACUAAAGGUAUAUACUGUAUAAUGUCUCUUCAACCAAGCGUAAGACCACGUGUUCGUGUUCCUUCACCUCAACUUAUGGGAAAAGUUGGUAUUCGUCCUGUCAUGACGUUUACGGGUCCCAGGAUGUCUUUUCGACCAAGGAUUCCACCUUCUGUUAACGUUGUUAAUAGACCAUCGGUAAUUGCUGAUACCUUUAAGCCACGCGGCGGUUCAAUUUCUGUUCGUCCAAGGGCAAUAUUAGCAUCACCCCAGGCUGCAAAGCCUGAUUCUAAUGAUUCUGGUAUUAAGACACGAUAUAUGUUAUUUAUUUUUAAUUUAUCAGAAUAA